AUGGCCUCCCAGGCUAUUCACAAAGCAAUUACGGAGGCAGCUCUCCAGUAUGAGAAGCCCGAAGGCAAGGUCUUCCAGUAUGGAACCGCAGGGUUUCGCAUGAAGGCUGAUCUCCUCAAUACCGUCGUCUUUGCCGUGGGUCUCCUCGCCGGUCUCCGCUCAAAGAAGCUCAGUGGUCAAUGGAUCGGUGUGAUGGUGACCGCCAGCCACAACCCAGCGGAGGAUAAUGGUGUGAAGCUGAUUGAUCCAAUGGGCGAGAUGCUAGAGGCCGAGUGGGAACAAUACGCGACCAAGCUGGCGAAUGCGCCGCUCGACAAAAUCGCCGACGUUUACAAUGAGCUUGUGAAGGAGAUUGAUGUCAACAUGGCCAAUCCCGCCCGCGUGGUCUUCGCCCGUGAUACUCGUGCGUCUGGAUCGCGCCUGGUGGGUGUUCUGAGUUCGGCCCUGACCGCGACCGACGUUGAAUUCAUCGACUUCAAGUACAUGACGACCCCCCAGCUCCACUACGUCGUGCGCUGCAAGAAUACCCUGGGGACGCAAUAUGAGUACGGCGAGCCUACGGAAAAUGGCUACUAUGAGAAGCUCGCAGCAUCCUUCAAGAAGGUCAUGAAGGGUGUGAAGGUUAAGGGCUCUUUGACUGUUGACUGUGCGAAUGGUGUUGGCGGUCCCAAGCUGCGAGACUUGAUCAAGUACCUGGACUCCGCAAUCGAGAUCAAGGUUGUCAACGACGACGUGAUCAACCCUGAUAGCCUGAACUUUGAUUGUGGUGCCGACUAUGUCAAGACGAAGCAGCGCGCCCCUCCGUCUUCUAAGGCGGCCCCUCUCGAUCGCUGCGCUUCUCUUGACGGUGACGCCGAUCGUCUGGUGUAUUAUUUUGUUGACGAAAGUAACGUCUUCCGCCUCUUGGACGGUGACCGCAUCGCGACUCUCGCCGCCUCUUUCAUCGGUGACCUCGCCCGCAAUGCCGGCAUUGCUCAAAAGCUGAAGAUUGGAGUUGUCCAGACCGCCUACGCCAACGGUGCCAGCACCGACUACAUCGAAAAAGUCCUGAAGCUGCCCAUCAUCUGCACAAACACCGGCGUCAAGCACCUCCAUCACGCCGCUCUGCGCUUCGAUGUUGGCGUCUAUUUCGAGGCGAAUGGUCACGGCACGGUCACCUUCUCCGAAAACGCCCUCAAGGUGAUCAAGAACACCGAGCCCCAGUCUCCAGCCCAGCAGCAUGCUCUGGAAUGCCUCCAGGCUCUCACCGACCUCAUCAACCAGGCCGUCGGUGAUGCCCUUUCCGAUAUGCUCCUUGUCGAGGCCAUUCUCGCGCACAAGGGCUGGUCCCCCAAGGAAUGGCUGGGAACGUACACGGACCUGCCCUCCCGUCUGGUUCGCGUCGAAGUCCACGACCGUUCCAUCUUCAAGGCAUACGAUGCCGAGCGCAAGCUCGAAUCUCCCGCCGGUCUCCAGGACCAGAUCGAGUCCCUUCAAUCUCGUUACAACAAGGGACGUAGUUUCGCUCGUGCUAGCGGCACCGAGGACGCUGUUCGCGUCUAUGCCGAGGCUGCUAGCCGCUCCGAAGCGGAUGAUCUCGCUACCCGCGUAGCUAACGCUGUGCGUGAGGCAGGCUCCGAGUCGCAGUAA